AUGAAGCCCUCGAAGUCAUUAUCUCUGAGUUGCUGGUGGUCUAUUCUCGUCUUUCUAGUUCUUUUUGCGGUCUUAGACACAUUAUGCCAUAUGUCUUCAGACUACGAUCCCCAUCUCGUUCGUUUACACGAAGUUUUAACCAACUUCACAACCAGAGGUCAGGCGACAGUGGAGCUUUUCGCACCACUGUCCACUAUCAUUGGUUCGACGCCCACUGGUCAAUCGUUUAUGACAAUAGCAUUUGACAUUGCCUGGAUGUUGGUUGGCCUUGCGUUUUUGAGGUUGCCACUGCAAGCACACCAAAUUGCGCAAGUGGGGAGCAAAUUCUGGACAAGCACGUUUCUGUACAUCUCGUUUGCGAGUGUCUGGCUUUCUACUUCCAGCAGGCAGCAAAAUUCCCUCUCACUUCCGAACGGAGUGGCGGAUGCAUUUUUGACCCUGGCUUUUGUGGCCACAACGGGUUGGGGACGUCUCCCCGGAUAUUUGAGGGUACUACUUUUCUUAGGUCUCGGAGAAGCUCUUGUUCUCACCGGCUAUGCUCUCGGCUGUAACUUCAUCGACGCAGUAGUAGCAUACUUUCUCAUAUUCGUUGCUCGUGUGAGGAUAAUUAUCCGGAAAGUAGCAAACGUGCAAUGCUCUCCGGUGUCUAUUGCUUACGCCGGAAUCUCGAAUCUGUUUAUAUCAAUCAUAGUAUGUCCAAUCAUCGCCAUUAUCGUCAUUGGCGCACUCCUCCCCAUAUCCGAAUCAUCAGCUGGAGGAAACUACAACCUCCGCUAUCUCUCUGCUUCUGCUCGUAGGGACCUCACUCCAUUUCCGCUCGCUCGAUCUUCGGCACAAGCUGGACCUCCUUUCGCUCCGCAUCAUGACACGGCAUAUACUCUAUAUGUCCCAGGAGCUGGCUUCCUCUGGAGCGAUUCCAUGGUCUGGGAGCAAAGUCUGCCAGCAGAAAUUUCGCCAAAUUCUACCGAACACUAUGUUGAUGAGACGGGACAACUCUGGUCCAUCGAAGGAUCUCACCGUGUCUUCUUCCAAGACAAAUUCAUCGAACGGUACCUUUGGGAAAUAAAGCAAUUCCCACAACAGACACGGAGAUGGCGCACUUCACAGAAAACAAUCCAUUCUGGGAGUACAGUGCGCUUGUAUGAUUCAAUAGCGGCUCGAUAUCUCUGCGUCAUACCCGGUGAGCGAGUAGUCAGUGAAGCGGGCUAUUUCAGCAUGGCAGAAGACGGCAUAAAGGAACCAAAGAAUGACAGGACAAGAGUAGGAUAUUGGAAUCAGCUUUUACAGCCACGAGCACGCAUGUAG